AUGGCUGAGGGAGGAAUAUCAAGUUUCUGGGGUCCUGUCACGUCUACAAACGAGUGUUGUGAGAAGAAUUAUGCCUAUUCUUCUUAUAUUGCCGAAUUCUACAACACCCUUUCCAACAUACCAUGCAUUCUUUUGGCACUCAUUGGCCUUAUAAAUGCGCUGAGGCAGCGGUUUGAGAAGAGAUUCAGUGUUCUCCACAUAUCUAACAUGAUACUUGCCAUUGGAAGCAUGAUUUUCCACGCCACUUUGCAACGUGUGCAACAGCAGAGUGAUGAAACCCCUAUGGUAUGGGAGAUGCUCCUCUAUAUGUACAUCCUCCACUCACCGGAUUGGCACUAUCGCAGUACAAUGCCCACCUUCCUCUUUCUGUAUGGUGCUGUUUUUGCUGCAGUCCAUUCAGUGGUGCAUUUUGGAAUUGGCUUCAAGGUGCAUUAUGUGAUCCUCUGCCUCCUCUGCAUCCCUCGAAUGUACAAAUACUACAUUUACACACAGGAUGCCUCUGCUAAGCUGCUUGCAAAGAUGUAUGUGGCUACCCUUCUCAUCGGUUCUUUGUGUUGGCUUUUUGAUCGUAUUUUCUGCAAGGAGAUAUCGAAUUGGCCCGUCAACCCACAAGGUCAUGCUUUGUGGCAUGUCUUUAUGGGUUUUAAUUCAUACUUUGCAAACACGUUCUUGAUGUUCUGCCGUGCUCAGCAGCGCGGAUGGUCACCCAAAGUCGUCCGUUUAAUGGGUGUUCUUCCAUAUGUGAAGAUUGAGAAACCGAAAGCUCAAUGA